AUGCCCUAUGAGAAUACCUACAAUGCCUCUGCCGACCUUAAACAGGGGAGCUCAAUUGCUCGCUCAGACCUCCGCGAUGACGUAAACCUUGCAACCCCAAAAGAUCCAGCAGUACCCCAAGAACCACAAACAACUCAGGAAUCACAAGCGGCCAAAGAAUCUUAUGCCGACUACAUCAAGAAUCUGCCACCGCCAUUCUGGGAGACCAAGACACCUCAGACGAAAGCGGCGAACAACGAGGUGAUCGCGGCUAGAAUCAACGCUGUAUGUGCGCCAGUGACAGCCGAGCAGCGUGAACAAGAUGAGCGUCUAAAAGCUAUGUCCUGGCGCGAGCGGUGGCGUGAUCGCAAGGCGAGACGAGAGGCUAAAGAGAAGAAUAAAGAUCCCGAUUCAAGACCUGUGGAACGGGGGAGCCGAGCACAGCUAAAUGUCUUUGGUGUUAAUAUUAAGGAGAAGAAGGGGAAGCAGUAG